AUGUCUCCCGUUGCACAAGCAAGUCUUGGAGACACGGUCCUGGAUGGACCGGUCAAGCCGAUCUCUCUCCCAUCCAAGGCUCCACAAGCCCCUUGCCUGGUCACCGACUUGAUUCUUUACCAGGUGCAGCAGAACCCUCAAGUAAUUGCGGUGGAGGAAGAGAACAACAGGGGUUACACAUAUGGCGAGCUCUGGCAGCUCGUCGAGCAGAUUGCGGCCAAGGCCGACUUUGCUCCGGGGGAUAUCAUUCCGGUGUGUAUGAAUCCUACAGUUGUCUUUGUCGCCUCGCUAUUAGCUAUCAUGCUCCGCGGGGCUGCCUACGUGGUGCUAGACCCCGCAGGCUCGGCCGAACGAAAUCAAAGAAUUGCCGACGACUGUGGUGCACCCUAUGUGAUGGUGAAUGAUAGGUAUGUUGGGAGUUUCACUCGGGCUCAUGCCAUCGAAGCUCUCCUGGCAGAGCCUACCUCGACCACAUCCCAGCAAACAUCUGGGACCACGCCAUCAAACCUGGCGUACCUGGUAUACACCUCCGGAUCUACGGGAAACCCAAAAGGGGUAAUGGUCAGCCACCGGGCGGCCUCCCUUGGGAUCAGUCAAUUUGACUUGCGAGGACACCGCCGGUGGUUGCUCUUCUACAACCCCGUCUUUUCCGCCGCACAACGAACCGUUCUGGCCACCCUUGCAAAGGGCGCGUGCCUGUGUCUGGCCCGACGGGAUCGCUUGGCCGCAGCACUGCCGGCAGUGCUGAAGAACCUCAAGGUCGAUGCGCUGGGGAUUACCCCGUCUGCAUUGUCGUUACUCUCUCCCACAGAAAUCCCAACUUCUCUACAGCAAGUAACCACCGUCGGAGAGCCACUGAGCUCAGGUCUGGUAGAGGCCUGGGCUGGUCGGGUGCAUCUUCGCGUCUCGUAUGGGCUGAGUGAAUGUGCGCAGCUCAACUUCUCCCGCCGGCUGCAACCGGGCGAUAAUGCCCGCAGCCCUGGACGUCCAAUCGACACCACCAAAGCCAUGAUCUGGGAACCCGGCACGACGCAACAAUUGCCAUCGGGUACUCCUGGGGAGCUCUGUCUCUCAGGCCCACAGGUAGCUGAUGGCUAUUACCUUCGACCCGAGGAAACAGCUGCAGCAUUUCUCAGGGAUCCUGAAAGUCUCAGCAACAUUGUCUUCCGCACGGGAGACCUCGCGGUUCAUCAUUCCGACGGCUCCUUUGAGAUCCUGGGCCGGAUUGAUCAGCAAAUCAAGAUUCAUGGCCAGCGCGUCGAGCCGGGGGAGGUCGCUUCGGUGCUGCGCACUGGAGACGGGGCUGUAGAGGUUGUGUGUGUUGGAGCCUACAUCCAUGACAAACUGUCUCUGGUCGCAGCUGUCAUUCCAGGGCCUCAGAUGGGCUGGGUAGAUCUCGUCCGGAGUCUCCGGGACCAGGCACGGCGCGAGCUACCCUCGUACAUGAUGCCUAGCUACUGGCUACAGUGCCAGGAGUUUCCCGUCAACGGCAACGGGAAAAUCGAUCUGCGCGCGAUCCGGAAGGCUGCUGAAUUCACUCCUAUGGAAGAACUUCUGGGUCGGGAUGCUACCUCAUUGAAUGGGUCGGAACAUGUCUUUACGGAGAUCGCACGCGAAAUCGUAGAUGUUUGGGCCAAACAUCUCCAUGUUCAUGCAGCGUCCAUCUUACCGACCGAUUCGUUCGUCGCUCUUGGUGGCAGUUCUAUUGAGGCAAUCCAGGUCAUUCGAGACCUUCGGACCCGAGGAGUCCAUGUUCAACUCGCGGACAUGAUGCAGUCUCAGACCGCGGAGGACGUCGCCGAUGCAGCUAAAGUCAGCGGUGAUACCAGCAGCUCUGGUGCACCCAAGGCGCCUGAGCCAUUUGCCCUCUUGACCGAUACAACUCUUAAGGACAGACUCAUGGCCGACAGAGGAGCGGUAGAUGCAUUCCCUGUGACGGCCUUGCAGGAAGGAAUUCUCGCCAGUACACUCCAGGGAAACCCCGAAUACCUCUACCAGCGCGUCUUCGACGUUCGUCAUCUUGACUUGGUAAGGCUACAGCUCGCAUUCCGGGUGGCCUUCUGGCACAGCGAUCUCCUCCGUUCCACCUUCGUUGCAGCUAUUCCAGGGUUUGCACAGGUGGUGCGCACCGACUUUCAACUACGCUGGCUGGAGGGGACAAUGUCUCUCUCUCGGUAUCUGGCGAGAGACAAGAAGGAAGGGGUCACGCUUGGCCAGCCUUUUAUGCGAGCUGCGGUUCUCAAUGGAGGACUGCUAGUGGUUUCUGUGCAUCACGCCCUCUUUGAUUUCUGGUCUCAUGGAUUCCUCUUCGACGAUGUCGCGGGCUUGUACCAUGGCCAGGCUCCGGAGGCCCGGGUCCCCUGGGGAUCAUUCGUCGCCCUGUUGCAGCAACAACGCCACGAGCAGGAAUCGCAGGUGUUCUGGAGGCAGUAUCUGGCUGAUGUGGAUCCGACAAUUCUCAACCACUCUCCGGUGGUCGAAACAUCGGUCGUGACUCGAACCCUUCCAGUCGACCUCCGGGCAGCGGCCGCCGGCCUCCAGGCUCCCAAAAGCGCCAUCCUGUAUGCGGCAUGGGCCUUGAUCCUCUCAUCCUAUACGGCCUCCAAAACCGUCACUAUGGCGACGGUCAUGUCCGGGAGAGAGCAGCCGCUGGCCGGGAUCGACCGACUUGAUGGUCCAACCCUCGCGGUGGCGCCUCUGGCGGUCAGGGUGAACCCCGAGCAGUCGUUGGUCCAGCUUGUUCAGGCUGUGAAUGCCGAUAUUUGGCAGACCACCAAGUACGCACACGCAGGUAUCCGUGGGGCGCUCUCUGCUGCUGGCCACCAAGGCGAUGGGGAAUUUUUUGACACCCUGGUCAAUAUCCUUGUCCGAGGGCCUGGGCGACAGGCCUUAACGGAGGAAGUAUUCCAGCAGUUCGGCCCAAAUCCAGUUUGGAAGACCGAGUUCACCACGUUGAAUAUUGAGGAGGGAGCGGCGGGGAUCGAGGUGACGCUUGUCGGCGCCUUGGAGGUACGCCAGCUUGAGUUCAUCAUCGAGCAGUACUGCCGUGCGGUUCAAACCAUCAUUGAGGCUCCCCACCGUGCUGUCAAGUCCAUCGACCUACUCGGCGAGGAGGAACUGGAUUUGCUGCUCGGUUGGAACGAAGACACUCUGCCGGCCCCGAGGACCCUCCAAGGCCAGUUCGAGCACAUUGCGAGCGAGUACCCAUCCCGAGUCGCGGUCAACUGGGAAAAUGAAAAGCUUCUGACUUACGCCGAGCUGAAUGAGUUGGCCAACCGAAUGGCCAAUUUCCUGUCCGAGCGUGGCGUGUCCUCCGGGGACUUAGUCCCGAUCCUCUUGGAGAAGUCGCCUGUUCUAAUCACGACCAUCCUGGCGGUGCUCAAGCUCGGGGCGGCUUAUGUGCCCUUGAGUCCUGAGAAUCCAGUUGAGCGCAACGCUUUCAUUGUUCGUGAUAUCGGUGCCCGCGUGAUUCUGACCCAGACGGAGCACGCCUCAUACUUCGCCUCUAAGCCCGAGAAAGCGAAGGAGGAAGAGGCAAUUCCUCAGGUCUUGGUCGACACAGCCAGACUAUGUGCGUAUUCGACGGAGCAGCCGGAGGACGAGACCUCCGGCAGUACUGGCCAACCGAAGGGAGUGAUGAUCCACCACCGGGGCUGUGCGGCGGCCAUGCAGUCCAUUAUCGCUUUCGAGAAGCGCGAUCAGCGACCGUUCAAACAACUGCAGUUCUCGAAUUACAUCUUCGACGCUUCGGUCUAUGAUAUCUUUGCGACCUUGCACAGCGGUGGAACCGUCUGUCUGGCCUCGCCGGAACGCCUCCUGGGAGACCUGGCCGGCGUCAUUCGGGACAUGGGAGUCAACCAUCUCUUCCUGACUCCCACCGUCGCGCGGUUGCUGGACCCCCAGGCGGUCCCGACGCUGGAGUCUAUAACUGUGGGCGGAGAACCCUUGACUCCGGAUGUGGUAGCGACGUGGGCCUCCAAAGUCACCCUCAUCAACGCGUACGGUCCUACGGAGACAUCGGUUAUGGUAACCAUGAAGAACUUCACGGAGACGGACCGCACUGGGAACAUCGGAACUGUGUUCCCCACCACAGGGCUCGUGAUCUUGGAGCAGGAUGGGGUUCGCCCGGUUCCCUAUGGGGCAGUGGGCGAGCUGUGCUUCUGGGGACCGCAAUUGUCUCGGGGCUAUCUCAAUCGACCGGAGACGACGGCCGCGGCUUUUGUCCACAGCGACAUCCGUGGCGGCCAACGUCUGUACCGCAGCGGGGAUCUGGGCCGAUACAUCCCUGGGGGCGACAUCGAGUGCCUAGGUCGCAAGGAUGACCAAGUUAAAAUCAACGGUCAUCGCAUUGAGCUGGGGGAGAUUGAGCAGGCUAUCAUGCGGACAGAUGCGGUCCGAGAGUGCGUUCUCACGGUAUGGAAGAGGAACACUACGGCGCAUCUCGUGGCGGUGGUGGCCUUUGGUUCCGGAGUGGAAGCAGCAGACGACGAGGGGAUCAACCACCGGAUCCUAUCCCUGGACGUGGUUAGCGAUGAGAUGCAGAGGCUGAAGACCAAGCUGAAGGGACUGGCCCAUUACAUGUUCCCCAAAUUCCUCUUGCCCCUUCCUGCCUUUCCGCGCCUGCCUUCCGGGAAAGCCGACCGCAAGCAGCUCAAGGCGCGCGUCCAGGCGCUGAGCCAGGUGGAGCUGACUCCCUUUGCCUUCGACGCCAUCGGGGCGGACCAGUUGCUCGCCGUGAUCCCGGUAGUCACCCGGGAGCAGAAGGUAUUGCAUGAAGCAUGGGUCACUGUACUCCAACUGCCCCACGGGGAGUUUGGUCUGGAGGCGAGCUUUUUGGGCCUGGGAGGCGAUUCGAUCGCGGCCAUCAACCUGGUCAGCUGUCUGCGACAGGAGGGAUACAGCCUUGCGGUGCGCGAUGUCCUCCGAUUCCCCGUGCUGGAGUCGAUGGCAUCGCAGCUCGUCCGCAAUGGCGAUGAUCAGGAAGGCCAGCAACCAGCAGCCGACGUUGUCUUCUCCGCGCCCCCCGAAGUUACGGCUGCUGUUGAAGAUGCUAUCGAGGCGUAUGAGGCAAUCUACCCAUGCCCUCCGGAGCAAUCCGAGUUCCUCGCCCAGGGCGCGCGACCCGAGUCGUUCUGGUCGUUGAUGACCGUGCGCUCCCUGGGCCGCGAUAGCGAUCCCUUCCAAUGGCUGGCCAUGGCCAAGCGAUUGACAGAGACCAACGAUAUCCUGCGUACUACUUUCUUGGAAUAUCAAGACCAGUGGUAUGGCGUGGUGCUCCCGGAUGCCACUCCGAUCGUGGAGUUCUACGACGCCAGUGGCGCGGAGGAAAGGUCACACAUCCUCGAUGCGAUCUGGCAGCAGCGGUUCGAGUUUGGCAAGCCCUUCAUCCGCUAUGGCAUGCUCCGGAUGGCUGAUGGAGAGGUGCAGGUCGUCAUCAAGCUCGACCACGGCCUAUACGACGGCACCCUGCUGCGGGUCUUCGACGCGCACUGCCAGAGGUACCAGUUUGACGAGCCCGUCGACCCGUUCACCAGCUUCCAAGACUUCGCCCUGCACAUCUGGCAGCGCAAUCGGACGCAACCGACCCUCGCCUUCUGGCAGCAGCCCGACAAACGGCCCAUCCGCUUUCAACUGGCCCCGGGGCGUCCCCAAGAUUCAGAAAAACAAGUCCGGGUCACCAGCGUUGCGUUCCACAUGAUCGAACACGCCCAGCUGGACCAGUACAGCCGCGCGCACGGCGUGACCGUCUCCAUCCUCUUCCAGACCAUCUUUCAGCUCUGGCUCGCCCGGCGCAGCGGCCAACAGACAGUGGCCUUCGACUACCUCACCACAGGCCGCAACAUUGACCUCCCCGACCCGCAGGGCAUCAACGGAACUUGCGCGAACUUUGUGCCGAUGCGGUCCGACGUGGACCCGCGCCUGUCGCUGACGGACUUCCUGCGCCGCACGCAGGACGCGUUCUGGCAGUACACGGAGAACAGCACGGUCGCGAUCGCGGACAUCUACCGGGCGGCGGGCCUGUCGCGCGCGGCCGACCAGAACGAGGCGCUGUUCCUGUUCCAGCCCUUCGAGCCGGCCGCGCCGACGGCCGGUCCGGACGCGUACCAGCGGUGGCUUGUCAUGGCGCGGUCGGAGGUGCGGAUGGCCGAGCCCUACGCGGUGGUGUUCGAGGUCAGCCGCACGGCGCAGCCGGAUCGGUACCGGGUCAAGUUCGCGUAUGACGGGUCGUUCUGGACGGCGGAGGAGACGGCGAGGGAGCUGGCGGCGGUCGAGCGGAUAGUGAGUCGGGCGGUGGAGGAUCCUGCUGUUACUGUUGGGGAGCUUUUGCGGGGGUUGGACGCUAGGCAGACAUGUAGGAAGAUGGCGAAUAGGAAUUGA